ACCUGUCGCUGUUCUUCCUUGCCCAACCAGUUCGAUAGAAGCGCAGUCUUCGAAGAGUUGUUCUCGAUCGGUAUCUUACAAGGUGUUUACAAAUAGAAGACUUUCAGAUUAAUACAGACAAAACUCGAAGUAGACCAUGUCCAACUUUUGGGCCACAACAGGUGUCUACCUGUUGUGCUGUAUUUUCUAUGGAUACUCCGACAUGGCGUGCGAAUGGCGACAGGAGGUUGAUAUGUCUUUGGAUCCACGGUCUCUAGACAAUGGUGCCAGCUCGGAUCACCUGCCAGAUGUGUCGGACAGUGCCAUUUGUCAAGCGGCUUGCUGUGGCAAGGAUGAUUGCCACCUUGCCAUGAUGGCGACCCCGGCUGACGACGGAACGCCGGAGUGUUUUCUGGUGAACUGUAUGAAGGAUGGAAACGACGUUUGCGUUCUUCAACCCAGUAAUGGCUUCAAAGUGUUUCGAAAGACACCAUCUGCUGCUAAAUCAGGCACCUGCGCAGAGUGCUGCAGGUCCCCACUGACUGUUGGCCCAUGCAGAGCCUCCCUGCCGCGCUUCUACUAUGACCUCACCACUCAGAGCUGCAAGCGCUUCAUUUAUGGAGGGUGUCGGGGCAAUACCAACAACUUUGAAACUCAAGAGCAGUGCGAGUCAACAUGCAGAAACGUCACCGGCACUGGCAUGGAAUCGAAAAAGACCUCAGAUGAGUUUGAUGAGAAGUGUCAUGCGGCUCCAAAGACCGGCCCGUGCCGCGCCUCGCUCAGACACUACUUCUACAACAGCUCCACCGGAUCCUGCCAGACCUUCAUCUUUGGUGGUUGUCAAGGCAAUCAGAACAACUACGCCAGCGCUGAAAUGUGCCAGGCCGCAUGCAAUGGCAAAAGUACACCUAGCCCAAGGAAACCUGCUGACAUCAAACCCAUUGGUAAAGAGUACUGCUUGAUGCCCUCUGACUCGGGCAGAUGUCGCGCUGCCUUCCAAAUGUUUUACUACAAUUUCAAAACCAGCUCCUGCGAUAGCUUCAUCUACGGUGGCUGUGGCGGAAAUGGAAACCGCUUUGUAACCGAGGAGGAAUGCAUGAGGACUUGCUCAGUACAGGAUGGUCAGUACCAUGAGCGUGGUGCCACUCGGGACCGCUGGACUCCUGCCUUCUUCCUGGUGGCCACAGUGGCGAUCAUGUCCAUCGUGCUGCUGGUGGGCGUCGUCCUCAUCUCCGUGCGCAAGUUCAAGAUGACCCACGUCCCCCUGGACGACAAGGAGGGCCUGCUGUCCGAUGAGGAGCUAAUCGAGGGAUCCCUGUCUUCUGGGGACACGGCCUAGAGCUCUGCCUCUAUUGUCAUCACAUUCUCAUGUAACACUCCCUCCUCUAUUUUAUCACUUUUACUACAAUAUGAAUUAUCUGUGUAAUCACUGCUGAUUUCUAUAGUAAAUACACAAGCAGUUAUGAUGAGGAGCUAAUCGAGGGAUCCCUGUCUUCAGGGGACACGGCUUAGAGCUCUGUCUCUAUUGUCCUCACAUUCUCAUGUAACACUCCUCCUCUUUGAUCACUUUCACUUUUUACUACAAUAUGAAUUAUCUGUGUAAUCACUACUGAUUUCUGUUGUACCACCAGUAAAUGUACACACAGUAAUCCUGACAGAAUCAUUCUCACCUACUCUGCCCUACAAAGGAAAAGGCAAAUAUGACAUAGCAAUAUCUCUACAACGGGACACAUUUGGACCAUAAGGUUUUGUCAUGAGAUCAAGGAGGUGUAAUGAAGACCACUUUCAAUCUAAACUCAAGUUUCACGAAAUUUGUAGUUAUUGCACUUUGCCUUUUGUAGGGCAUUGUUCCCCUCAGGAAAGGGGAGCUAUUUUGAUUUUAACCUUCGAUUUCUUAUGUUUUAAAGUGUUUUCUAUGGCGAUUCAUUAUUGUUGCGUUACAAGUUUUUAUUAUUACUGCUAUCGUGGAGGAGAAUGCAUAUGUUUUUUUUUUAUUUGACAAGCGUUAUGUUGCCAGUUGUGUCACUGCCGAUUCCCAAUGCAGCAAGUCGCAGAAGCUAUGUUACAUUUUCUUGACUGCAUAGUCUACAACAAGGGUGUCAAACAUAAUGGCGCGGGGGGUGGAUGCCUGGAUUGACACCCCUAGUCUUCAACAUCUUUGUUCUAAAAGCAACUAUCUUGCCAUCCUUCUGAAAAAAUGCUCAAAAGCAACUAGCUUGCCAUCCUUCUGGAAAAAUGGUCAGAAAGAUUGAAGCGCAAACAGAGUAGAAGGACUGAGAAGAUGAACUGUAUAUACUGUAUCUGCCAGUUUGUGUGUUCCUUUUGCUUUCCAUCUUUUCAUUUUGAUGUGUGUGUGUGUGUGUGUGUGUGUGUGUGUGUGUGUGUGUGUGUGUGUGUGUGUGUGUGUGUGUGUGUGUGUGUGUGUGUGUGUGUGUGUGUGUGUGUGUGUGUGUGUGUGUGUGUGUGUGUGUGUGUGUGUGUGUGUGUGUGUGUGUACACGCAUAUUCAGAUACUCAUGUAUUUCAGGGAUACUUUGGAUACAUUCUAAACAAUAAAACGUUAUCUGUUAUGUCGGAAACAA